GAAAAUAAACCUCCCAUGUCUUUGGUUAAAUUCCUGGAUAAUCUGCUGCAUUCCUCAAUAAACUUCAUAAAGCAUUCAUUCUAUAAGUUCCAUUCCAGCCAUCGUCAGAGCCACACACACCCUCUCCCUUUGUUUCUGUUCCUUUGUAGAAGAAGCUCGACAAUGAUCCGUAAUCCAGCUAAAGCAGCUCUCCGACUCCGUAUUAAAUCCCGCCUUGAGGCCAUGACCCCAGAAAAUAGGGAUUCCCAAUCUAAAGCAAUAGCCGCAAAGGUGCUUGCCCUGCCCGAGUUUAAGGCUGCCCAGCGGGUUAGUGUCUACCUCUCUACAGAUGCCGAAGUUAACACGGUGGAGCUGCUCAAGGAGAUGUUUAAUCAAAAGAAAGAGGUUUACGUUCCAACUUAUCAUAAGAAUACAAUGGAAAUGGUCAAAUUGAAAGACUUUGCAGACUACGAGAGCCUUCCGUUGACUAGUUGGAAAAUCAAACAACCUAAAUGGUCCGAUAAUCGUGAAUCUGCCCUUGAAUCAGGUGGACUGGAAUUGGUUUUAAUGCCCGGAGUUGCUUUUACUGAAUCCUACGGACGCUGUGGCCAUGGCAUGGGGUACUACGAUAAGUUCCUAGCGCGCCUAAUUGAGAAAUUCGGCCGGGAGAACGUUAAACUCAUCGCUGUGGCGUUCAAGGAGCAAAUUGUGCCUGAUGAUGAACUCCCCAUGGAUGCAACUGAUGUUCGUUUGGAUAAUGUUAUUACGGCAUAA